AAACGUUCAAAGUGAAAUAACUUACGGAAAUAAUGAAAUUGGUCGUUUCCGUUGGAAAAUACAAGAUUCAUAUCACAAAGUUUCUCGGAAGAUAGACGAACUCAAAGUUUCACGAGAAAUUUACAUAAUUUUAGAUAUCUCUCGGUUGAAACAGUCAUUACGUGAAAGUAAAGUAAAUUUUCCAUAAAACUCGUAUUAAUGUAAAUUUCACUGAACAAUUUUGCUGUCACUUGCAGUGACAUCGUUUUUUUUUUUUUUCUUUUUCUUUUUCGAAAUACCUUAUUCAAUCUUACAAAGAUACGAAGUAGGUAUUUGUUCGAAAUUGUUAUCGUCCUAUUGUCCAUUGACGUAACAAUCUAAUUACCUGGAGUUAUCGUUAAAACAAUUCAAUUGAAAGUAUAGAAUUGGUUCGUGUCACAGGUGGUCGUCUUGGUAAGUUCGUAGUAGUCGACACUGUUGAAAGAGAAUUUAGUGGAAUUCGAUAAAUUUGAAAAGUGACACUUUGUCAGCAUUACAAGAGAAAGAGAGAAAGAGCAAGAGAGAAAGAGAGAGAGAGAGUAUUAUACGGUUGAACAUAAAGCCGCCAUUAUUAGAACUUGUGCUGGUUGCCAAGUACUUGACUGGCGUGCUUUUUCUAGCCCCGCAAAGCGAUGCGUUUGCGUUUGCCUUGCAUUCGUCGAUGCGACGAUGCGUUCUCGGCUGCUUCGCAGAAUAUCCGGCUCGUUCGUCUCUUCACUAUCUGGGGUUUUUUUUUUUCUUUCUUUUUCUUCUUCUUUUAUUUUCUCUCUUCUCUUCCUCCUCCUUCUCCUUCUGUUCCUCCUCGUCGUCCUCCUCCUCCUCCUCCUCCACUGUUUCUCAUGGGCGCGUGCUUUCGUCGUUUUCCUCGUCCAUGUGCUAGCCAGUUGCAACGCGUACGUACGGCCUACCAAACGAAACUGCACUUUUCAUUAGACCUUAAUUAGAAAGAAUUUUUUUUCUCUCUCUCGCUCAAUGUCGCGAGUCAAAGAUUCUGCUUUUUUUCUUCUUUUUUUUCUUUUUUUCAAUUAAACCAAUCCCAUAAUAUUUUCACGAGUGAUAUUUUUCCAUUGUAAUCGUUUGAAAAAUGAUACAUUUGUUUUCCGAAUUGACCUGAGUGAUCUUUAUUUAUUGUAUCCUCUCUCUCUCUCUCUCUCUCUCUCUCUCUCUUUCUUUCUUUGAGACAAUUUCAAAGAAGAAUGAUUUUACGCGUUUCAAAUUUGUUAAAUAUCAUCGUAUACGUCAUCAUGUAACAUCGUCGUAAUAAUUCUCAUACUUCAUAAAUUGUCAAUUCUUGUCAUAAUAGUCACAUUUGUGUAUUAACCAUCUGUAAAACUGAGCAACGAUAAAAUACAGAAUAUAUUCUUUCCAUCUCGUAGAAUUGUAGUUGUUGUAACGCGUUACGUUAAUAUAUUCUUCAAUGUAAUUCGCUUUAUUCAUAACAACCCACAGUAACUUGUACCAAAGUUUAACGAGUGUCGAGUGGUUAAAGUAGAGUAGUUGAAAUUAUUAAACGUUCGAGUGUGUUACCGAUUAAAACAUGAAGAACCUUUGGGUCCAGUAAAUAAAAAAAAAAACAAAACAAAACAAACAGAAAUAACAUAAAUUGUUAUUUGAUUACAUAUUAUUUCUCUCAUUGUUCAUUGUUCGUGGGUGUAAUUAUAUUUGUAGAAUUUUCAUCGUACGUUUUAUCGAGUGUGAGAUUACAGUUAGAGAUAGAAUUUAGUGUGUGAUAAAACAACCGUAGUGAAUUUAAUUAAUGCGACCAGGUUUGUAAGCAUGCCACAAUCGAAACUCACGAGUUUGCUAAUAACAACGUGGUUGUUCGCAACAGUGGCCACUAAAUCGCGAAUCGACGAGCUCGUCCAAACUUUAACCGAAUACGAGAUUAUAUAUCCGAGAAUAAUAACGUAUGAUUAUUCAUCUUCAAUAUUGCACGAUCAAAGAUUACCAUUGAUAAAUUAUUCGACAAAUACCACGAACGUGAUCAUUCAAAAUUGGACACUUGUAACAACGAUCAAUGAUCGAUUAACACUUACCAAUGAUCUAUUAGAUGAACACCAAAAUUUCAAUUGCAAUCUAAGAUAUGGUAUUAUAAAAAAUUAUGAAAAUUCAUCGUCAGUUGUUUUGACGAUUUGUUUCGAUGAAAUUUAUGCAUUUUUCAUCGUCAAUGAUAAAUCCUUCUUUGUGGAACCUUUGAACGAUGGUAAACAUAUCUUUUAUAAAUCGAAUAAUACCAAAUGGUGGUCAUCCAAACAACUAUCAAAAAAUUUUGGUCAAUCGAUCGAAAUUUUACCUUAUUUUUAUUACGAGAAGAAAGAAAAUCAAUUAAAUAGUUCAACAAGACGAUCAAAACGUGAUACUAAUGGAUAUUAUAAUUUAACUGGAGAUGUAUUCGACAUGGAAAAUUUUCAUUUAGAUGAUCUUGAGGAUAAUGAAAAAUUCUUGAAAAAAACUGACGAUGAUGUUAUGAUUGAACGAUUACCAUCUAAGAAUGAUCCCGAGGAUGUUGGUUAUUUUUCUAAUCCAUCUUGGAGCAGAAGCAAAGUACCGAAACGGAAACAAUUACCACCACGAUGGUUGGAGGUUGCGAUAGCUGCGGAUUAUUCCGUUAUCGAGUUUCAUGGUUCUCGUGUUGAACAAUACAUUCUUGCACUUCUCAAUAUUGUCAGUGCAGUUUUUAGAGAUCCUUCACUCGACUCGAAUAUGGUUCUCGUGGUUGCUCGGGUAAUCCUUUAUGCGGAUAAGAGAGAUAGUUUGGUUCAAGAUGGUAACUCGAGAAAAUCUUUGGAGAAUGUCAACAAGUGGAAUCGCAAACUCUUAUCCUUAUCUAAGGAUAGUCACGAUAUAGCAAUAUGGUUAACUCGAUUAGAUAUUGGUGGUCCAUCAGGAUACGCCCCUGUAUCGGGAGUUUGCGAUCCUUCAAGAUCUUGUACUUUGAAUCGUGACGAAGGUUUAACCAGUGCUUUCAUCAUAGCCCACGAAUUAGCACACAUUUUGGGAUUGACUCACGAUGGGGAUAAAACAUCUGGAAAUUAUUGCGUGGAUGAAGCUUCACUUGGUAGCGUGAUGGCUCCUAUGGUUGCUGCAACUUUUCAUCAUUUCUAUUGGUCCACCUGUUCGAGAAGAGAAUUUCAUCGGAAAGUCAAACAAUGGCCUUGUUUGUUGAACCGACCUAACAUCGACAGUAAUAUUACACGAUUGGAUAUUAACGUACAAGAAAUGUUUACGAUGGAUGAACAAUGUCGAGUGGAAUUUGGUCAAGGUUAUCAUCUAUGUAAAAGUUUUGAAAUUCGUGAACCAUGUUCUCGUUUAUGGUGUGGCAAUUCAAACAUUUCUCAAAUAUGCAAAACUAAGAAAGGUCCACCAAUGGAAGGUACACUUUGUGGAAAAAAUAAAUGGUGUGUUAAUGGUCGCUGCGAAACAAUGGAUCGAGAAAGAACAAAUUUAGAACCAUUAUUUUCCAAUCCAAGAAAUGGAGGAUGGAGUGGUUGGAGUUCAUGGGGAAAGUGUAGCAGAUCAUGUGGCAUUGGUGUACAAUGUAGAUCACGUACUUGCAACAAUCCACGGUCAGCUUAUGGUGGAAAAUAUUGUAUGGGUCCUAACGAGGAUUGUAAAAUUUGUGAGACAACCAAAUGCUUGACAAACGUUGAUCUACGUGCUCAACAAUGUUCGAGAUUGAUCAGUAUUGUAGAUUUUAAAGAAAUAUCAUCGAAAUUGAACAUUACAUGGUUGGCUUAUGAACCAGAUGAAAUUCAAUUAAAAUGCCGAUUGAUUUGCCGUAGCAAAGAGACCGGAGAAAUAUUUUCGAGUAAAAAAAAUCUAAUGAAUGGGACUCCUUGUUCUUAUGGUUCUACGGACAUUUGUAUUCAGGGUGAAUGUAGACGUAUGGGAUGUGAUAAUAUUUUCAAUUCGGAUCAAAUAUUGGACAAUUGUGGUACUUGCAAUGGCAACAAUACUGAUUGUGAUAAUGUUCUUAAUAAAUUUCAACGUAAACUACGUCGAGCAAUGACACGUUUAACCGUAUUACCGCGAAAUGGUAUUAACAUGGAAAUGAAUGUUACAAUGUUAAAAACAUCAUUCGUACAUAAAAUCAAUGCAACGUUUGUUAUAAUGGAUGGUAAAAAACGUCGACACAAAGUCAACAAUUUUCAUAAGAAAAAUUACGAAUUAUUAGUAGUGGAAGGUACUGCUUUUCGAAUUCAGAUAGUUAGUAAUAACAAAUAUACAGUGAAAACUAGAGGAAUGGCUUUGGAUGACAUUAUCGUAUCGUUCGUGGUACCAUCAGAUGUUGUAAAAUCAGGUACAUCAAUUGCUGUAUCUUCACGGUAUUCGAUAAACCGUAAUGAAAGAAAUACAGACAAACGAUACUUGUGGAUAGAAGGUGGAUGGAAUUUUUGUUCUGUCACCUGUGGAGGUGGAAUACGUAGAAAAAUGAUUGCUUGUAAGGAUGAUAAAAGUGGAAAGAUUGUUUCUAGAAGAAAAUGUGCAUUUGCUCCGAAACCUUCUUUAAAAAUGGAAAUUUGUAACACACAAAGUUGCGAUUAUAAAUGGUUGCCAGGACCAUGGGAAACAUGUUCAACUACCUGUGGACAUUUUGGUAUUCAAACACGUCAACUUCAUUGCGUUCGUUCGUCCUAUAAUGAAAGUGAAAUAAUUAGUAGCAACGAAUUGGAAGCUUACAGAAUAAUAUUGAGACCAUCUUUGUGUAUGGAUCAUCAAAAACCAAAAAUUGAACAAGAAUGUAAUAGGGUAGCCUGUUAACAAAUUCUUAAUAGUCAUAUUUUCGAUUCCAUUUGUUACAAAGUAUUGCAAUUUAAAAGUCAAUACCAAUUCCAAUUGGGGACUUGUAUAUUUUUUGUUUAUAAUGCAAAUAAUAUCCUAUGAUUUAAUAAUAUCGAUUGAUGAAGAAUUUAUCAGGUAAUUAGGGGUCCGAUACACACGUCUUUAAGUUAAUUGCGAUUAUAAAUAAGGAUAUAAACUAUCCUAUCUUUGAAGUUGGAUGAAACUGCAUAUAGUGUGUCAAAUUUGAUUAAAAUCGGUUCAGUAGUUUAGGAGUUCAUUGCGAAUAAACAACAUGACGUGACGUAAUUUACAUAUAUAUAUAUAUAUAUUAAGAAAGAUGUAUUUAAAUAAUUGUUCAUUUAUAGGAUUCAAUAGAGAAAACUGUGAUCAAAGAAGUCAAUCAUAAUAUAUAUAUAUAUAUAUAAUACAAUUGUAAAGAUAAUUAUGUUUUUUUUGUUGUUGUUGUUUUUUUUACUAUAGAAUUUAAGUAUGAACUUUGAUAUUUUGUAUAUUUAUCUGAAAUAAUUAAAAUUGAUAAUGGACUAGGCUUUAUUCGUAUCUAAAGUAUACAUUAUACUGAUAACAUCGUUGAUUGCAAAUGAAUUAUUUAAUAAAAUGAAAUUUGUAUAUAAGCAAGAUGUUAUAUAGCAUUACAUUAAGAAAUAUACAUUACAUUAAAAAAUAUGUACUUCGGAUUGUUUAGUUUUAUUUUUCAUUUUUUUCUUUUUUUUUUUCAUUUUAACAUUUAUUCUAUCGAACCAUAUUUGUUCUAUUUCACGAUAUACGCAUCUAUGAUUUGAAAUGAACAAAAACAAUGAAAUCAUUGUUCGUCGAUAUUUACUAUACUAAUUUUCUUAAUAAUUUUCUUUGUUUUUUGCUGAAGAUAUUUGAUUUCUUAUUAAACUAAAUAAAAUCUUUGUUUUUUGUUAACUUGAUCAAUUUUUGUUUCGUACAUUCGGACACGAAUUGUAUUCUUGUACUUAUCUGACAUCAAUCUCGAUAUGUUAAUUAGAUAUAUAUAUAUAUAUUUAUAUAAUAUUAAUCUGAUUUUAAAGAUACGUGUAAAAUGUAAAAUGUAAUAAUAGACGUACAGAGAAAGCCAGUAAAAGAUAUGCUACUGACUAGAAGCUCGUAAACUUUUCGAUAAUUGUUUUUUUUUCCUGUUUUUUUUUUUUUUUUUUUUCUUAUGAAAAGUAUUUACUUAUUUCUAGUUGUA